AAAAACCAUUCAGAAAAAUUUUGGACUUAUUUUCGAUAUGUUUAGGGGAAAAAUAUUUGUGUUAUCAUUAUUUUCUAUUUACGUCCUCUCAUCAGCGGCUGAAAAAAAUACAUCAUUUUCUGCGCUUUUUGCUUUUGGUGAUUCAGUCUUAGAUACGGGAAACAAUAAUUUUCUUCUUACUCUUCUCAAAGGAAAUUAUUGGCCAUAUGGUUUGAGUUUUGACUAUAAAUUUCCGACGGGAAGAUUCGGAAAUGGAAGAGUUUUCACCGAUAUAGUUGCCGAAGGUUUACAGAUCAAAAGACUUGUACCAGCUUAUAGCAAGAUUCGUCGCAUCAGUUCUGAAGACCUUAAGACUGGCGUUUGUUUUGCAUCAGGUGGUUCAGGAAUUGACGAUCUUACAUCCCGAACACUGAGAGUUUUAUCGGCAGGUGACCAAGUAAAAGACUUUAAAGACUAUUUGAAGAAACUAAGAAGAGUAGUGAAACGUAAGAAAAAAGUAAAAGAAAUAGUUUCAAACGCUGUGUUUCUUAUUUCUGAAGGAAAUAAUGAUCUUGGAUACUUUGUCGCUCCCGCUCUUCUUCGAUUACAGUCCACAACAACAUACACCAGUAAAAUGGUUGUUUGGACCAGAAAGUUUCUAAAAGAUUUAUACGAUCUUGGAGCGAGAAAAUUUGCGGUGAUGGGAGUGAUGCCUGUGGGAUGUUUGCCUAUCCAUCGAGCCUCAUUCGGUGGGGUAUUCGGAUGGUGUAACUUCCUCUUGAAUAGAAUUACGGAGGACUUCAACAUGAAAUUGCAGAAAGGUCUUACAAGUUACGCAGUAGAAUAUGAUUUCAAAGAUGCAAAGUUUGUUUACGUCGACAUAUACGGUACUCUUAUGGAUCUUGUCAAAAAUCCUAUGGCCUAUGGGUUUACAGAAGCGAAAAAAGCUUGUUGUUGUAUGCCGAAUGCAAUAAUACCAUGCUUCCAUCCAGAUAAAUACGUCUUCUAUGACUUUGCUCACCCUUCCCAGAAAGCCUACGAAGUAAUAUCUAAACCUAUUGUCUAUCAGAUAGCGAAAGGCCUUGCCUAGCUAAUUCCUUAUUUCCUACAAUGUUUUAUUAUAAUCUUUGAAAAUUAUCACCAUAUCGAUAAAUAUAUGUAAAUGUAUAAGAUUCAUGACAAUCUAUUCGUUUUUCUUAUAGUAAACAAUGUAUAAUUCAAAUUACAGGCUUUUAAAUAUUGUCCAUUUUAUAUAACCCAAGA